AGAGAGGACGCUCGCUUGCAGCAGGACCGGGCCGGACGCCAGGAGCAGAGAGCCAAUGAAUUGCAGCGCAUUCUGGACGGCGUCAGAACCAAAAUCCGGGACUUAGAAGAUGACUUCAUCAGUAAAAUGCGCCAUCAGCAGGCAGAGAUGACAAGUCUCGUACAGGAGAAGAAGGCUGUCUAUGAUCGGUGUCAGAAGCACAAAGAGAAGCUGCGUGAGCAGGAGGAGAACAUCACACAACUGCGCAAACGUCUGUCCCAGGUGGUCAGGUCAGAGGAGCAGCGAGCAGCCAAUCAGAAGAAAGCUUUCCUGCGUCUGAUGAACCGGGAGCCUCGAGAAAACAACAUCCUGGACCAGCAGGUUCUGGAUGUGAUUGAUGACUAUGAGAGGCGAGUGAACCAGCUACAGACUGAACUGAGGAGGUACGAGGCGCUGGACGUUCCAGUUCUGGACAGAAAAUCCUCAGACGGGUCUCUUGAUUUGGAUACAACGCCGAAUUAUAAAGCUCUAAUAAAGUCCUAUCAGGAGCAGAUUAAGGAUGCGAGGAGGAGGAAUGAGGAGUUGGUGAGAGAGAAUGAUCAGAUCAGACGGGAGAUGGAGAGCAGACCCUCAGCCAAAGAAUUCCGACUACACAAGCAGCAGAUGAGGAAAAUGGAGAAGAUUCUCCUCCAGAAUAACAUCCGGGUCCGGGGGAUGAAGAAGGAGAAGAAAGAUGAGAGCCGCGGUGAUGCAGAGAAUACAGAUCUCACAAGUUCGGAUCUUCUGCCGGCUGCUGAGUGUCAGCUCCACCUCCAGAACGUGUGCCGAGAGCUGAAUGUUCUGGAUCUGAAGGAUCUGGUGCCCACUGCUACCUCUAACCUGAGGCAGGCGCAGACCUCUACAAAGCUACACAAGAUCCUUUCUGACAUCAGUUCGGUGAUCAGCGGUCCCCGGGCCCCUCAGCUGCUCUAUAAACACAACCCCCGAGGUGAGGGCACCCCAGACGAAGCUGACUUCAUCCACAUUCUGCCAACGGUGGAGCUAUGGGCCGGGCAGUUGCUUUCCCUGAAGGCCCUACAUCGAGCCCUGAGAAAGCUGAGCGAGAGGCUUCUGCCUGACCAGACGCUGAACAAAUCACAAGAUUCGUAUGAUGGCGCCCGUGUGGAGGAACUUCUGCUGCUUGUGGACACCAUGCUGGAGGACCUGGAGAACCGGAAAGAGGAUGGCGCCAGGAUCUCCCCAUUCACACUGCAGGCUCUGGUCUCCCACUUCCAGAAACUGUUCGAUGUUCCUUCAUUGAACGGCGUCUAUCCGCGGAUGAAUGAGGUGUACAGCAGACUGGGCGAGGUGAACAACGCCAUGAAGAACCUGAGGAACAUCCUGGCAUUAGAUGAUUCAGCCAGUAUUGGGACGGUGGUGAACGCAGUGUGGGGGGAUGUGCCGACAUGCAGGCGGAGGACACAGCCAGAAACUACAGGAUGUUCUCGGCCCUCUGGACAUAGACAGCAUCAUCAAUAAGAUCCAGGAACACGAGGAAUUCUUCCCGGCCUUCGAGGGUCUGGUGAAGGGGCUGCUGGAUAUAUUAGAAAUCCGUCAUCUGGAGGAGAUUCUGCCCGAGGUGCUCCGACUGAAGGCGCUGGACUCGCGGUGA